AUGAAGGUCGCCAAGGGUCUGGUUCUCGCCGCCGUCCUGUGCGUGGCGCAGGUCAACGCCAUCGACUUCACGUCGUCGGGCCUCUCGGGCAGCGCCGCCGGCACCGUGUCGGCCUCCUCCACCGACAACGCCGACCAGACGCAGCAGCAGCAGACGCAGACCACCUACUCCUCGGGCGGCUCGGCCGCCACGGGCACGGGCUCGGCCACGACGUUCUCGACCGAGUCGUCGGCCGCCACCGGCUCGGCCACUACCUUCUCCUCGGGCGGAUCGGCCGCUACAGGCUCAGCCACCACCUUCUCGUCGGAGGCCUCGGCCGGCUCGGCCGCCACGGGCUCGGCCACUACGUUCUCGAGCGAGGGCAGCGCCGAGGGCGGCGCCACCGACUCGGCCUCGUGCAGUCAGGAGUUCUCUGUUGCCGGCAGCGGCACUGAGGACAGCAGCGCCGUGGGUAGCGCUCCCGACUCGGCCUCGUGCAGCCAGGAGUUCUCGGUCGCCGGCAGCAGCGACACCGCCGACGACUCGUGCAGCCAGGAGUUCUCCGUUGCCGGCAGCGGCGGCGACGACUCGUGCAGCCAGGAAUUCGACGUUGCUGGAAGCGACGACUGCUCUCAGGAAUACGACAUUGCCGGCUCGGAAGACUGCAGCGAAGGCUACGACAUCGCCGGAUCGGACGAGACUGACGACAGCACGGGGACGUCGACGGACACGACGACGACCACGACUGGCGGCAGCAGCACUGGCACCUCCACGGACACUACCACAGAUACCUCCACGGACACGACCGGCACUGGUACCGACACGACUGGCACGUCGACCGAUACUACCACCGACACUGGCGCGUCAACGGACACCAGCACGGAAACCUCGGCGGACACGACCGGCACGACAUCCGACACUACGGGUUCGACGACGGACACCAUCGAGGACACGGGCGGCGACACGACGCAGCAGGACACGUCCACGGACACCACGGGUACCACUGAGGACACUGGUGCGUCCAGCACGGGCACGUCCACUGACGCCACGGACACGUCCACUGACGCCACGGGCACGACCGAUGACACGACCACGGACACCACGGGAACCACCGAGGACACCGGUGCCUCCACCACCGACACGUCCACAGACACGACGACUGGCACGACUGAUGACACGACGACUGGCACGACCGAUGACACGUCCACGGACACCACGGGAACCACCGAGGACACCGGUGCGUCCAGCACGGGCACGUCGACCGACACGACCACGGACACGUCCUCCUAUACUUCCACUGGUACUUCCACCGACACCACGACCACGGGCAGUUCGACUGGCACGUCGACGGACACUGGUGUCGAGGCCGCUUCGGACGACUGCUCGGAGGGCUACGACAUUGCCGGCAGCGACGACUGCAGCCAGGAGUACGACAUCGCCGGCUCGGACUGCUCCGAGGAGUACGACAUUGCCGGCUCCGAGUCCUGCAGCCAGGAGUUCUCUGUUGCUGGCAGCAGCGACAUUGCCGACGACUCGUGCAGCCAGGAGUUCUCCGUUGCCGGCAGCGGCACAGAGGAGGGCGGCGACACCGACUCCGCCUCGUGCAGCCAGGAGUUCUCCACCGCUGGAAGUGACGACGUCGAGACCUCCACGGGCGGCUCCGCCACCACCACGACCUCCACGGAGUCGUCGGCAGCCUACACGACCUCGACCGAGUCCUCGGCUGCCACUACUACCUCCACGGAGUCCUCGGCUGCCACCUACUCGUCGGGUGCCUCGACGGCCUCGUCCACGGCUUCGUCGUCUCCGGCCGAGUCUUCCAACACAGAGGCUUCGGGCUCGGACUCUGUGCUGACCUUCUCGCCGUCGGCCGCCGGUGCCUCGUACAGCGGCAGCACCACGGCUACGACCACCACAUCGACGACCUCGAGCGGCACCGGCAACGCCGACCAGACGACGCAGCAGGAGACGCUCACCUCGAGCGGCACGGGCAGCAGCAACAACGCCGACCAGACGACGCAGCAGCAGACGGCGUUCAGCGUCGAGGCCGUGAAGUUCAAGUCGGGCGACGAGGACUCGGGCUCGAAGACUGACACCACCGCCCCGAUUGUCGCGUCGGUCGCUGCCUGCGCCGCGCUGGCCAUCGUCGGUACCGUGUACAUGAAGCGACGGAGCAGCAAGAAGUCGAAGAAGGAGUCGAGCGACAUCUUCACGAUCGACAAGAACUCGCAGCUGUAAGUCGAGUCUACUAGACCCAUGUCCCGUGCCGUACGAAGCGCCAUCUCAACGCGUUGGUUGCAAUGAAUGAGAGACGUUGGAAGAGAGAGAGACCCUCCCCAUCGAGAACGAACCGAGAGGAAGUGAGUGUGAGUGCGUUACCAUCUUGUAUGCCGAAGAAGAACUAUGUGGAUUUCGAG